GAUAAAAUAAAAACUGUCUUAUUUUGUUUUUAUUUCUUCUGCUCCUUCUGACAAGCCAGCUUCAAUGGAGCAACUGUACUGUGCAGUGAGGGAAGAUGAAGAGGAAGAAGAAGAACAACUGCAAGAUGGUGCAGCUUUGAAAGGAAGACAAUCCCUGCAACAGGGAAAAGAUGGUAGUAUUACCAACGCUGAAGCACCUUCCUUUUUUUCUUCAGUGAAAGAACAACCUUUUCCUCAGAAGGAGGAAGUGCUUCAUACACACAAAGAACUUAGAGUACAACCUGCUCAAAAGGUUGAAGAAAAACACAAUGGUGUUGCAGAAAAUGGCAAAAACUUCAACGGUGAUAGUGAAAAAGUUGGGAUCGGAAUCAUAGCUGACAUUGUAGAAAAUGCCAUAAAUGGAGAGGUUUUAAGCAGUGCUACCAUAAAUGCUGAUGCAUCACACCAUGAGAAUAGUGUUUAUUUUGACAAACAACAAGGAAUGUGGAAAUGUCACCACUGCGCAUGGACCAAGCAAUUUGACAGUCCAUGGAAUUUGCGGCAUGGGAAUCUUAAUGGCUACUCUGAGUUGCUCAUGAAUGUUAAAACUAUGAUUCAACAUGGACCAUGUUUUGUGUGUGAAACUAAAGGUAACAACAUUGAUGGUGCAAAGUCUGCUCUUCCAAAAAGUCUUGAAGAGGAAGACUUUGGUAUACUGGUAGAAAAUUCUGACAUUCAGUGUAGUCCAUACAAUGGAAUCAACAACAUGGAAAUUGUUGAAGAAAGGGUACCUUCCUCCGUAGCAGAGUUACCUUCACCUAAUUCAUCUGAAAUACAGGGUGCUGCAACUGUAGACAAUUUUGGUGAUGAAAGCAGUGCAAAAACAUAUCCUAACUUGACAGAAGAAAUUGACCAGCAACUGAAAGAAUUUGAUGUUGAGGCAGUGUUGGCAAAACAAGAGACACAUGACUUGUUUUGUCCUAAUUGUAAAUCUUGUAUUACUAAAAGGGUUAUCCUAAGGAAGAGAAAAAGGACUACUCCUAUUCCUAACUUAGACACUAAAGCAAAGCGUGACAAGUCAGCCAUUGAGAUAGUUGAUAGUUCUGUAGAUGAAGGCAACCUAGGUGAUCAUGCAAUUGCAACACCUGAUGAUGCAGGUAGAGUAGAGCCACCUGCUGAAAAUUUUGAGCCCGAAAGAGAACCAGAAGUAUUCAGAUGUUUAUCAUGCUUCAGCUUCUUUGUUCCUAUGAGAAAUGGAUUCAAACUGUUCCCAAGUUUUGGGGGUAAGCCUGAAGCUUCACAAAAGCUUCCGGUUAUACCUGCAUCCAAUGUGGAAAAUCCUUCAAUUGUUGCGGCUUCCAAUUCAAAUUGGUUCUUCACUCUGUUUACUUCAAUCAAGGGAAGAAAAGCUAGUGCUCAAGGUGAUGCUUCUAUUGAAGAUUCUAGAACAGAUCCCGCUUCAAUUGAAGAUUCUAGAAUUGAUAAUCCAGAAAGUUCACCUGCUAAUACACCUAUAAGCCAUGGAGGAGUAAAUUCUUCGAUUCCCUCGAUAGUGAAGUCAGUUGUAAAGAUUGAAUCAUGGAUAGAAAAAGGCAAGAAAUCCAAUGUGGCACUGCAGAAUGAGACACUGGUUGAACAGAAUGAUUCCCACACACAAAAUUCCAGUGAUGUGGAAGACAUAAAUCGUGAUUCAGUGGUAGUGAUAAAGACAGAUGCUGUUGCUGAUAUUACCAAGCGUGAUAGUGUUUUAUUAGCAACUGUUGCUACUACUGAAAAUGUGAGAGAGAAAAAUCAUGAUCCUGUGGAUGUGAUAAAGACAGAUGUUAUUGCAGAUAUACCUAAGCCUGAUGGUGUUUUAGUAGCAACUGUUGCUACCACUGAAGUGCUUUUUAACGCUGCUGGGAAACCUUCAAAAGAUGCCAUUCUGAAACCAUAUGAAGGGUCCUCAAUCUUUGACAAGACACUGGAAACAGCUCAGGAUAGUUAUUCCUCUUUGAUGAAAGAAGCACAAUCACCAGAACAAUCAUUUGGUAGUGAAGUAGUUGCAAAUGAUGUAGCUAGAGACAAACAAAAUUUCAUAGUAAAUGGCUCGAUUCCAUCAAUUCAAGAUUUUAAGAAAGUCGAAACGGGAAUUGAAGACGAAAUAAAACCUUCUGUUGCAAAAGAAAAGGAAGUUUUUGUUGAGGCAGAAGCAUUUGAAACCUCAACAUCCCAGGCAACUGACGUUCCAACUGAAGGAGCUAUUGUGACAGAAACACUAACACACACUGAAAUCUAUAUUGGAGAACAACCAAGGGCUGAAGUUGGUGAGCACCAAGAAUGGGAAAUACUUAAAAGCAUUGUGUACGGUGGUUUAGUUGAAUCAAUCACUAGUCUUGGGGUUGUAUCAUCUGCUGCUUCUUCUGGUGCUGCUCCAUUGAAUAUUAUAGCAUUGGGGUUGGCGAAUAUCAUCGGUGGACUUUUUGUCAUUGGCCAUAACCUCAUUGAUUUGAAAAAUGGUCACUCUGAAAGAAAUCCAUCACAAGAUCGAUAUGAAGAACUACUUGGGCGUAGAGAAAACUUCACACUUCAUGCUUUUCUAGCUGUUUUAUCAUUCAUAAUUUUUGGUUCUGUCCCACUUGGUGUCUACGGCCUCUUUAUUUCUAAGCACUACUAUGAUGAAGAUAAUAUUGCAGCUGUGACAGCCACUUCUGUUGUGUGCAUCAUUCUUCUUGCUAUGGGAAAAGCUUACACCACCACACAACCCAAAUCCUAUGUCAAAACAGUGCUGCAUUAUGUUGGCUUGGCACUUGCAACCUCUGGAAUGUCUUACAUAGCUGGUGAUCUAGUUAAGGAUCUCCUAGAUAAAAUCAUUGGCUCAGAAUCUGGUUAUGUUCUUGCCAUGCCCUUGUCAGACACAACAACAAUGGAACCAGCGUGAAUGUCUUAUUCAAGCUUAUAUUUCAAUGUUUCUGCUCCUGCUGCUUCUUCUAGCCAAGUAAGGAUCCUAAAAAUAUUUGUUGUAGCAUGUGAGAGUUCAAAGCAACGUUCUCAAUUUUCUUGUUUUCUUGGAUUCAUUUGUUAAAGUUAAGGAAAAACUGAGAAUAUGUACUCCAUGUGUGGAAUAGUUAUGUACGGAACAAGGAAAACUUUAAUUGCGUUUAUAUGUUCAAUCAAUUAUAUUCACUGAUACUGUAAAAGUAUUUUAUAUUUUUAUCUA